GCUCACUAGAUUCCACUCGGCGAUUCAGCAGGUGUGCACGACGCCCAGAGUAACUCCAGUUCUCAGGCAGUGAAAAGCUCUAGUGUCACACCGAAUCCUUAGCAAGGUUAAUACUUGUGCAGAAGUCUACAAGAAGCGCGGUAUAAACGAUGGGUAACUUUCGCGAAAAGCUCGGCAUCAGCGAACUUAAAGACAAGAAAGGAGGCAUCUGGAAAGCCCUUUUGGCGGAAUUCUUAGGAAAUUUCCUCUUGAAUUUCUUCGGUUGUGCAUCCGCAGUCAGUCUUCCUAGCGAGCAACAAGACAUCGUCCUCGUAGCUUUAACGUUUGGACUGACAAUCUUCAUCAUAGUGCAGUCACUAGGUCAUGUCAGCGGAGCACAUAUUAACCCAGCAGUCACAGCAGGGAUGCUCGCUACCGGAAACAUAGCCAUCAUCAAAGGUAUUUUGUACAUAAUAGUCCAGUGCCUGGGAGCUUUGGCAGGAUCGGCCGUGUUAAAGGCGCUAACCCCGGCCUCUAAACACGAAGGUGGCUUGGGAAUUACCACGGUGACGGAAGGAUUUGGUCCGGCGCAGGCAUUCGGCAUCGAAUUUUUCUUAGGUUUCGUCCUGGUAUUAACUGUGUUUGGCGUCUGCGAUCAGAACAGGCCAGAAGCCAAACCUGCAGGACCUCUCGCGAUCGGUUUGGCAGUGGCUCUAGGACACUUGGCCACCAUCAAAUAUACCGGUUCCAGCAUGAACCCAGCACGUAGCUUUGGGUCAGCUGUCAUCGCCAAUGAAUGGGCAGAUCACUGGGUUUACUGGGUUGGACCAAUUUUGGGAGGUAUAGGUGCCGCACUCCUCUACCAAAAUGCCUUUCAAGCCCCCAGUUUAGGCCCCUUGAAGAUCAUCGAACGAUACACUACAGUUGCUACAAAUGAAAAAGAGGUAAAAUUAUAGCUUAGGAGGUUAGACGGUGCCAAAGACGGUGACCUGGCCUAAAGGCCGCAGAUCCCAUGAAUCUCACAAGCUAAGCACAAAUUACAUUUUAAGUUCAUUUUUGUAAAUGUUUUUAUUUAUUAUGCCAUUAUUGUAUCCACGAUUUUAAAAUAUGC